AUGGAUCACGACUCCUCCUCAAAGGCCAAGGCCACGGAAACGGCCAGCUUCACAGCCGUUGAAGAGAAGCAGGAAAUCAAGUCGGAAAAGGAGCUCAGCCCACCCACAGCUUCUCUAAGUGAGAAAGAGAAGGAUCUCAUCGACAGACAACUGACUGCACCAAACCUCACCGUCGGCUACUUUUCUCUGUUUCGGUAUGCGACCGCCAAGGACAAGGCCAUUAUGGUUGUGGCCUUGAUCGCCAGUAUUGCGGCCGGGGCUGUGUUGCCUUUGAUGACGCUUGUUUACGGUAAUUUCACGGGAAGCUUUACUGGCUACUCAGUCGAUGCCGUCGCUGCUGCCAAAUUCCAACAUCAAGUCAAGACCUUUACGCUGUACUUUGUGUACUUGGGCAUUGCUGCUUUUAUUACCUCGUACAUUAGCAUCAUGGGUUUCUCGUACACUGGAGAACGCAUCACACGAACAAUCCGAGUACUCUACCUGCGCGCCAUCUUUAGGCAGAACAUUGCCUUCUUCGACUUUCUGGGAUCCGGAGAAGUCACUACCCGUAUCAGCUCCGACAUGAACUUGGUCCAGGAUGGUAUCGGUCAGAAGAUUGGCUUGUUCGUUACUGGUGUUUCCAUGUUCGCAUCCGGUAUCGUCGUUGGUUUUAUCAGAUCAUGGAAACUCUCCUUGAUCAUGCUAUCAGCCACCCUUGCGUUGAUAUUGAUGAUGGGUGUUAACGGUACCUUGAUGAAGAAAGCGCAAACCCUGUCUAUCGACGAGUACGCUACAGCUGCUUCUCUGGCUGAAGAGGUCCUCUCCUCAGCUCGCAAUGUUGCUGCGUUCGGAACCCAGAAGCGGCUCGAGGCAAAGUACAAGGCUUUUGUGGACCGUGCAACUUUGCUGGACUAUCGGGCCAAGUUCUGGCUGUCGAUGAUGAUUGCUGGUAUGAUGGGUGUGCUCAACCUCCAGUAUGCCCUGGCCUUUUGGCAGGGUAAGCAUUUCCUGGACAACGGAGAGCUCGGUGUCUCGAACAUUCUCACUGUCGUCAUGGCACUCAUGAUUGCUGGAUUCUCCAUCGGACAGAACCUGCCUCAUAUUCAAGCUUUUGGUGCGGCUACUGCGGCGGCUACCAAGGUCUUCAACACGAUCGAAAGAAACUCGCCCAUCGACCCCGAGACCGACGAAGGCAUUGUCCCCGACGACUUUGUUGGAAACAUUGAGUUUAGAAAUCUCAAACACAUAUAUCCGUCUCGACCGGAUACCACAGUGCUCUCGGAUUUCAACCUGGUUGUUCCUUCAGGCAAGAUGAUAGCGCUUGUUGGUGCAUCGGGAUCAGGAAAAUCUACCAUUGUCGGACUGUUGGAACGCUUUUACCUGCCAAUGGAGGGCCAAAUCUUUUUGGAUGGCAGGGACAUCACCACUUUGAACCUUCGUUGGCUGCGUCAGCGUAUGGCUAUUGUCAGCCAGGAGCCUAUACUGUUCAGCACCACCAUCUACGAGAGUAUUCUGCAUGGGCUGGUCAACACAGAGUACGCAAAUGUAUCGGACGAGAAGAAGAUGGAACUCAUCGAACAAGCCGCCAAGAUUGCCAAUGCCCACGACUUCAUCAUGGACCUACCAGAGAAAUACCAGACCAAAGUUGGAGAGCGAGGUGGGCUGCUUUCCGGUGGACAAAAGCAACGUAUCGCCAUUGCCCGUGCCAUUGUCUCGGAUCCCAAGAUUCUUCUUCUCGACGAAGCCACUGCCGCUCUUGAUACCAAAUCUGAGAGUGCAGUCCAGGACGCCCUUGAUCGAGCAUCGCAGGGACGUACGACGAUUGUCAUUGCUCACCGACUAUCUACUAUCAAGAACGCCGAUAACAUUGUGGUCAUGGCAUUGGGCCGGAUCGUCGAACAGGGUACGCACCAAGAACUUAUCGACCUCAACGCCGUGUACGCAAGCCUUGUACAGGCCCAAGAGCUUACCUCGAAGAUCAACCCUGCCAACAGGAUGUCACUUCUAGAAGAACCUGAGAAGGCAGCAGGGGGCGAAACAGACGAAAAGAAUCUUACCCUGAUGCGAACUGCGACAUCUGCUCCUUCCGAGUUCCUGGCAAAGAAGGAUGAAAAAGACAAGAACUAUGGCACGUGGGAGCUGAUCAAGUUCAGCUGGCAGAUGAACAAGGGCGAACAUGUUACGAUGACGUUGGGACUGGUUUUCAGCUUCCUCGCUGGCUGCAACCCUGCCAUGCAGGCCAUCUUCCUUGGUAACUCGAUCAAUUCGCUUCUGUCACCCGGAACGUCGCUUGGUGGGCUUAACGUCGGCUUCUGGUGCUACAUGUUUCUUAUGCUCGGACUUGUAAUGAUCAUCUUUCACUAUGUCCAGGGUGUGACCUUGUCAAAGGGAUCCGCUAAACUCAUCGGCAGUGUGCGAACGCAGGCUUUCGCAGCCAUGCUCCGCCAAGACAUGGAGUUCUUCGACGGCGAGACAGUAACAUCGGGAGCUCUCAGUAACUUUUUGUCAUCCGAAGCAAACCGCCUUGCUGGUCUUAGUGGCUCUACCCUCGGAUCCAUUGUCAGUGCUGGUGCUUCCAUCAUUGUUGCUUUUAUCGCCGCAUGCUCGUUUGGAUGGAAGCUGGCUUUGGUGUGUUCCUCGACCAUUCCUCUGGUUCUCGGAUGCGGUUACUUUCGCCUGUACGCGCUUACUCGCAUGGAAAAGCGAACCAAGGAGACAUCUGAUGCUGCAAGCUUCGCGUGUGAAGCUGCCUCCUCUAUCCGCACUGUCGCCUCGCUCUCACUCGAGAAGCAUCUCCUGGACGAGUACCACAAAAAGCUUGGUGCGCAGGGCAAGGGCUACUUGAAAUUCACAAGUGUGUCGGCUGUGCUCUACGCUACAUCACAAGGACUGUCCCUGCUGAUCUUCGCCUUUAUCUUCUGGUACGGUGGUCGAUUGCUCUUCAACCGAGAGUACACUGUCUUGCAGUUUUUCAUCAUCUACUCUGCAAUUGUAAACGGUGCUCAAUCGGCUGGCGCCAUCUUCUCCUUUGCUCCGGAUAUGGGCGAGGCCAAGGAUGCCGCUAAGCUUCUCAAGUCGUUCCUGAACCGCGUCCCUAAAAUCGAUCACUGGUCUCCAGAUGGCAUCCAGAUUGAGCGUCUUGCGGGCAAGGUCGAGCUACAGGAUGUACGCUUCACAUAUCCAGGACGACCAGACCACCGCGUCUUGCGUGGCAUCAGUCUUUCGGCUGAGCCUGGCCAAUUCAUUGCGCUUGUCGGCGCCUCUGGUAGCGGAAAGUCGACAGUCAUGCAAAUGCUCGAAAGAUUCUACGACCCAACCAGCGGUGCUGUCCUCGUUGACGACGUGCCAUUGACCGACUACAACCUCCAAAGCUACCGCUCACAAUUAGCCAUUGUUAGCCAAGAAACCACCCUCUACACCGGCACGAUUCGCGAGAAUAUUCUGGCCGACAAGGAGGAAAUGAGUGAUGAUGCUGUCAUACAGGCGUGCAAGGAUGCAAACAUCUAUGACUUUAUCACAUCAUUACCAGACGGUUUCAACACUCUGGUCGGUGCAAAGGGUGCUCUUCUUUCGGGCGGUCAACGCCAACGCAUGGCUAUUGCUCGUGCCCUCCUCCGCGACCCCAAAGUGCUUCUUCUCGACGAAGCCACUUCCGCCCUGGACUCCGCAUCCGAGCGCGUCGUACAAGAAGCCUUGGACUCUGCAUCCAAGGGCCGCACUACAAUCGCCAUUGCGCAUCGACUCAGCACAAUCCAACACGCAGAUCUCAUCUAUGUGUUUGACAAGGGCAAGAUUGUGGAGAAGGGCAGACAUGAAGAGCUGGUAGCUAAAAAGGGCGUAUACUUUGAAUUGGCCAAGCUACAAGCCAUUGGCGCUCCACAAUAG